AUGACAAAAGGACAAUUACCUCAUGACUCUUCUUUCUCUUUCUCGAGGAGGUACUUCCACUGGAAAAAGAAAGUGGAGGAUGAUGAAGAAGAUGACCACGAAAUCUUAAACUUCAACUCAUCAUACUCACAUUUCUCUGAGGAAUUAGAGAAAGAUGAACAGGAGCUUAGAAUCCCAGUCCCAACAGGCACUGCUUUGAUCCCCGCAAUAAUACCACGCAAGAAACAUUCUCUGAUGUCAGUGUCCAAGCUCCGCUCAGCUCUCACAGUGUUUGGUAAGAGCCGCUCUCGCUCUGGCCUCGGCACCAGAGUCAUGGGUACUCUGUUCGGCUAUCGUCGUGGACAUGUUCAUCUGGCAUUUCAAGAAGAACCCAAGUUGAGCCCUGCCUUCCUGAUCGAGCUUGCAACACCCACAAGUGUUUUGGUUCGAGAAAUGGCUUCUGGGUUGGUGCGGAUUGCCUUGGAGUGCGAGAAGAAAACAGAGAAGAAAGGUUUGAAAAUGCUAGAGGAGCCACUCUGGAGGACUUACUGCAAUGGAAAGAAAUGUGGGUUUGCUAUGAAGCGUGACUGUGGACCUGGGGAGUGGAAGGUUUUGAAAGCUCUGGAGCCAAUUUCAAUGGGGGCUGGUGUUUUGCCAGGAAGUGAAGAUGGAGUUGGAGCUGAAGGUGAGCUCAUGUACAUGAGAGCUAAGUUUGAGAGAGUUGCGGGGUCUAAGGACUCUGAGGCCUUCUACAUGAUGAACCCUGAUGGUUCUGGAGGUCCUGAACUUAGUAUUUAUCUGCUUAGAGUCUAGAAAUCCUGGCCAUUAAGAGCAACAUCCACUCUACUUACGUCAUUGAGCCAUAAAAAAUUUGGAGGUUUGGUUCUUUCUCCAUGUAUCUGUCUUUUUUGUUCAUUUUGGAGCUAAGUAAGAAUAUGGGUUGAUCACUCGUAUCAUGCUUCAGAAUUUUAGGCAGUGGGGGGGUUGGUUAUGGGAUGAUAGCAUACCACAUAGGUAGGCAGUGUGGGGUAUUUUUAUAUGUAUGUAUAGGUUCUCUUCUCUCUUCCUCUUUUCAGCUGGAACGUUGGAAACAAGAUGCUUAUUAUGGGAAAGAAGGUCAUGGUUUUGCCAAUUUGAAAGUUCUGAUUUUCCCUUCUCCAAAACCCUAAAUCGAAUUUCGUAUUCAAGUCUUAAUGAUGCCAUUGUGAUCGC